UAUUUACUAUGGCUGCGAUGAACUUUGUCUCUGAGUUGAAGCCUUUCAAGAACAUGUGGAAGAUCCAAGUCAAAAUCAUCCGUCUUUGGAAACAGUAUUCGGCUGCAGGUGGUGAGACUAUCGAAAUGGUCUUUGUCGAUGCUAGAGGAGACAAGAUUGCUGGAACCGUGAAAAGAGAACUGGUUGGGCAAUUCAAUCGUGUGCUGCAGGAAGGUGAUACGAAAGUAAUCAUCAAUUUCUCGGUUACCAAUUCUGGUGGUUCUUAUCGACCAAGCAAGCAUCCAUUCAAGAUUGUUUUCCUUCCAACGACCCGUGUGAGGAUUUGUGAGGAUUUACCCAACAAUUUAACUGGAUUGAAUCCUGUUAACUUUGGGGAUGUUCUCAAUGGUGUCCUCGAUGAUGAUUACUUGGUUGAUGUAAUCGGACAGAUUGUUGAAGUUACCCAGAAACCAUGA